CGCGCGCGCGGGCACAUAUUAGUGGGCAUCCUGCUUGUAUCACCACCACAGUAGUUCGUGCCCAGUAAUAGUCAGUUGGGUUGUAUUUGACGAAGGCUGCCUUUAAGUUCAUUCAUCUGCUCCACUGCAGGAAAACGCUGCACCACCGCGGAAAAAAGAAAACAUUCAUUUUUUUAGUCUGCACUCGGAAGGGGACGACUAGCAGGUUCCCGACAUACAGUAUAUCCUUGCUGUGGAUGAACAUUAAACCUGGCAAUCAAGAGAUGUUGCCUUAAUAAAUGUUAAAGGACACAGCUUUUUAUUAAGCAAGUCACCACAAACACACGAUGACAGCAGCACCGCUACUGUCAGUGUCAGCCGCGGAGAAGAUGAAGCUGAGCGUGACGCUUUUCAUCACAUAGAUAUGUCAACCACAACAGAAAAUGGGACUGGGGGCGCUUGGAGUACCAACAGAGAGAAAACAUAUAAGAAGCAUGGAAUGUCAUCAUCCCUGCUCAGCUCUCAUGCCAGCGAUCAGAGUCAAGUGCUGGUCACACUUCACUUUAGACGUCACUGCUGAUGUCAGCCAUUUUUGUUGCCACUGUUUGCACGGCUCCUCACAGUGGCUGCCACUGUUCGCAUUGCACAUAAAAGGCGGUCAAAGGUCAUCCUGUGCCACGCUAACCACGCUAAACAACACUUGCUUAUUUGUGCCCCGCCCGUUAAGGACAACUUGCUGUUUUGUGCAUUAGUUGUAAAUGUGUCCUUGUAAAUACAGUAUUUGUAUAUGGUCAUUUCUUUAAAAAAAAUAUACAUUCUUGUGUAGUGAAAGACAUCAACAAGCUUUAAUAUGAAGACUAAUCCAAUAUGAAAAGAGCAGCUCAGUAGAAAUGACAUGACUCUAAUGAAUUAUUGUAUAAAUGCAAAAUGCAAGUAUUCAUCCUACUAUACACUAACAAACACAUUCUCCUAUCACCAGUUCAUAGCAGCGCCAAUGCUCAAUGACUCUUUUUGGGAAGGGUUGUGAGCCAGAUAACACAUUGACUCUGAAAUGUUCAACUCAAUUUGCUCGGGAAGGUCAAACACAGUUGCCCCCACAAAACAUAAUGGAAAUAGAAACACUCUGUUCCAGAGUCAAACUGUCACCAUUAACCUGUGCAGGGAUUUUAAGUAAUAGUCGAACAUUUUUCACAGUCAUAAAAGUGUAAAAAUAAGUUAUACUCUUAAUGAAGGGUGUUCUUAUACAACCGGUUAUUUGCCACCACGGGAAAAUUGUACAUGACAAGGUUUGCACUCAGCUGCAACGGACUUUAACAAAAAAUACUGCCACAUGGCCAACAUUACUCCUACUUUUUGCUAAGCACGGUUGCACACGCUGCUGUUGUGACGCGCUGGGGCGGAGUCUUGAAUUGACUGCGUUAUCGGAGUGCCAAUAGAUGCAGGCCGAUAUAAAUCCUUGUUUUUUUGCUGAUAUCGGCACGAUAUCCGAUACUGAUAUGGAAUUGGGACACUCCUACUCUUAACUUCACAUGUCUACAUUUUAACCUUCUAUUUAACAAACAAGUGUUAAAAGAAAAGCUGUUAAACGUAAGAACACAAAUGGGCAUGGUUAAAGGUGGUAUUAAAGUAUUGUGAGUAGUACCUUACUACUUUGAAUGUGAGUUUGUUUACGUCAUAUAAAUUUGGUGUAUAUUAUACUUCUGAUGCAAAAAUCAAAAGAAAAAGCUAAUUAAUCUUGUGAUGCUUGCUGAGCUAAGGUCUUGCAUGAAGUGUUGUGCGACUAUUUGUAAAAUUAAUUUCCCUCAAAUUUGGGUAGAAUUGGAUGGAAAUUUUGAUCUGAAUUGUUCAAAUUUUGGCGUAUUCGAUUUUAUAGGUGCCACUUAAUCUGCAGAUUUGUAUAUAUAGUCACAACAGUCUUUAAACCUCAGUCUUUCUUUGGCAACACUCAGCAUUCACAUGUAGAUUUUAGGGGAUUGUAAUUUGUAACAACAUAGGCAUGCAUGGGGCACACUGGUGACAGGCUGCAAUAACACACUUGUUUUCUCUUGUCAAGACAACGUCAUCGGCCUUGAAGGGAGCCAUUCAGCUGGGCAUUGGCUAUACAGUUGGAAACCUCACCUCCAAACCUGACAGAGAUGUGCUUAUGCAAGACUUUUAUGUGGUGGAGAGUGUCUUUCUGCCCAGUGAGGGAAGCAACUUGACCCCUGCACAUCAUUAUCCUGACUUCCGCUUCAAGACCUAUGCCCCCCUGGCAUUCCGCUACUUCAGGGAUCUGUUUGGCAUCAAACCUGACGACUAUCUGUACUCACUUGUCAAUGAGCCUUUGAUUGAGCUGACUAACCCUGGAGCCAGUGGAUCUCUCUUUUACUUGACCUCUGAUGACGAGUUCAUCAUUAAAACAGUCCAGCACAAGGAGGCUAAAUUCCUCCAGAGAUUACUUCCUGGAUACUAUAUGAACCUGAACCAGAACCCACGUACUUUACUCCCUAAAUUUUAUGGACUGUACUGUAUCCAGUCAGGAGGCAUCAACAUCCGGCUGGUGGUGAUGAACAACGUGCUGCCUCGCUCAGUUAAAAUGCACCACAAAUACGACCUGAAAGGGUCCACAUACAAGAGACGAGCGUCCAGGAAGGAGAGAGAGAAGGCAUGUCCCACCUUCAAAGAUCUGGACUUCCAGGACAUGCAUGAAGAAGGGCUUUACUUUGACACAGAGACGUACAACAACCUGAUGAAGACUCUGCAGAGAGACUGCCGGGUGUUGGAGAGUUUUAAGAUCAUGGACUACAGCCUGCUGCUGGGUGUCCACGUCCUGGACCAGAACCAGAAAGAGGGUCCCGAGCAGGGCCAGGCCGUGGGGGACAGAGCCAGACCUGUGGCCCAGAGGGUCCUAUACUCCACCGCCUUGGAGUCCAUCCAGGGGGACGGCAAGGCUGCUGAAGCCCUCACCACAGAUGACACCAUGGGUGGCAUCCCUGCCAAAACACACAAAGAAGAUAAGCUGCUCAUCUUUCUUGGCAUCAUCGAUAUUCUACAGUCGUACAGAUUCAUCAAAAAGCUGGAACAUUCAUGGAAAGCCCUGGUGUAUGAUGGUGACUCUGUGUCGGUGCACCGACCCGGCUUCUACGCCAGCCGUUUUCUCAAGUUCAUGAGCACUCGGGUCUUCCGGAAGACUCAGCAGAUUAGAUUCUCCCCUUCAAAGAGGACUCGCACAUCCAUCCCCGCUCUGAAGUCGUCCUCUCAGGAGAUCCUUUCAUCGCAGGUGGAUGAGAGGGACGAGGAGAAAGACAGGGGGGGCCAUCUGGAGGGUGCCCGCAGUCUGGCUAGUUUGGAUGGACACGCUGUGUUUGCUUCAUACAUGAAUCCUUACUUGGUUCCUGCCAACACAUCCUUCUUGGAGGGCUCCUCCAUGGGAACCCUCUCCUCCUCCUGCGUCUUGGUCGGUGUGGACAACCAAAGUGAUGAGAGAGACGACGUCGCAUCGAGUUCCACGUUUACCUUGGAGGACAGCGCCAUCUGCCUCACAUCGGAGCAUAGCACCAUGGAUGUGGACCGCGAUGAUGGAUCGGUUCUUGACGUCUACUUGUGAAAGGAGCAUCUCCUACACAAGCUUCAUCUUCACCUGACAAUCUCCACGUCAUGGUCUGACCGACCGAGGCAGCGCAUUUUGUACAGCUGCUCCGUUCUUCUUGUUGCCAACACGUGACAGGACAGUCCACCAGCGGAUGGACUAAUGGUCACAUUAAUGGACAUCAUGUGACAUCAUACCAUGUGAUCUACCCACAUGGCAAUGCAGUGCCAUGUGUAUGUUCUUAUCACAAAGAUCUAUACAAUCUAUUUAUCUGCUAUAUAUUUUAUUGUGCUGAACAUAAAGGCUGUGAUGAGAAAUGUUUACAGUGGAGUCACAGCGACAACAUGGGGCUGCAUAGUGAACAUACACACACACGCAUGCGACGGGAUGAUUGACGGCCUUUGUGACAAGGUCGGGGCCGACCCGUUUCCAGACAGGAGCCAGGUGCUGCUGCACAGCCAAGCGAGGAAAGACUUACAUGAUCUUCCAUAAAGGAACCUCCUCCUCUUGAUUAUAAACAGCACUUUUGGACUCUAGUAGGAGGGUGGAGUACUGACAUAAGCACAAACUUGGAUGAGUGAACAUGCACUUUUUUCCCCCGUCUGGGCUUCUCUUGAUAGCGCACACAAAUGCACCAAGUGACAUUGUAGAUCUUCUUUGGAUAAGUUUUGUUUGUAUCAUAGCGGAAAAGCAGUUUAUUCUUUUAUACUGCAUCCUCUUUACCAAAUCUUGACAUCAUGAAGCUGUCGUAUACCUCUUCUUCGCAAAUAUUUCCAGCUAUAAAUGUCCAAUACCAGGAUCCUGUCUUCAAUGCCGUAAUUUAUUAUGUAAAACAAUAUUUUACCAUUUGCUGAGAAAAGAAAUCACAGAAUGUAAAGACAAUGCAUAUUUAUAUAGGAGAUCCCUCUGAAUAAAGUGACAACAUUGAGUCUUGCCUUUUCUUUG